UAGCUCAUAAAUUCCCCCAGGGUGGACCUGGAGCAGAAGUGGUAGAACUUCAGACUCUGAGGUUUAGCCUGUAAAUCUGCCAGAAACUCUUGAGACAGUGUUUUCUUUUACAAGAGACCAGGAGCUGUGAACUCAUUGGAAUCUUAGCUGAGAACUUGCAAUGGAGCCUUUACCUUUUGAAACGCCAGCUGACACAGUGCAACGUGUGGCAUCAAAACUGAGAUGUCACCCUACAGAUGAGAGGGUUGCUCUCCAUCUUGAUGAGGAAGAUAAGCUAAGGCACUUCAGGGAGUAUUUUUAUAUUCCCAAAAUGCAGGAUCUGCCUCCAAUUGAUUUAUCAUUAGUGAAUAAGGAUGAAGAUGCCAUCUAUUUCUCCGGAAAUUCUCUUGGCCUUCAACCAAAAACAGUUAAAACAUAUCUGGAGGAAGAACUACAAAAGUGGGCCAAAAUGGGAGGCUACGGUCACAACACAGGGAAAUGUCCUUGGAUUACAGCAGAUGAGGUUAUUACAGGCCUUAUGACAGACAUUGUCGGAGCCAAUGAAAAAGAAAUAGUCCUAAUGAAUGGUUUGACUGUUAAUUUACAUCUUCUACUGUUAUCAUUUUUUAAGCCUACACCAAAACGGCAUAAAAUUCUUCUAGAAGCCAAAGCCUUCCCUUCAGAUCAUUAUGCUAUUGAAUCCCAGCUGCAACUUCACAGACUCAGCACUGAGAAAAACAUGCGGAUAAUAGAGCCAAGAGAGGGGGAAGAGACCUUGAGAACAGAAGAUAUCCUUGAAGUAAUUGAGAAGGAAGGAGACUCUAUUGCAGUGAUCCUGUUCAGCGGCCUGCAUUAUUAUACUGGACAGUUCUUUAAUAUACCCGCCAUCACAAAAGCAGGACAAGCAAAGGGUUGUUUGGUUGGCUUUGAUCUAGCACACGCAGUUGGAAAUGUUGAACUUCACUUACAUGACUGGGGAGUCGAUUUUGCCUGCUGGUGUUCCUAUAAGUAUUUAAAUUCAGGAGCAGGAGGUAUUGCUGGUGCCUUUGUCCAUGAAAAACAUACCCAUACAAUUAAACCAGCGUUAGUGGGAUGGUUUGGUCAUGAACUCAGCACUAGAUUUAAAAUGGAUAACAAGCUGCAGUUAAUCCCUGGGGCCCAUGGAUUUAGAAUUUCAAAUCCUCCCAUAUUCCUGGUCUGUCCCUUACAGGCUAGUUUAGAGAUCUUUAACAAAGCAACUAUGAAAGCAUUGAGAAGAAAGUCUAUUUUACUUACUGGUUAUCUGGAAUACAUGAUCAAGCAUUACUAUGGCAAAGAUAAAGCAGAAACCAAGAAACCGGUUGCGAACAUAAUUACACCAUCCAAUAUCGAGGAUCGUGGUUGCCAGCUAACAUUAUCAUUUUCUGUUCCGAUAACAUAUUUAUUCCAAGAAUUAGAAAAAAGAGGAGUGGUUUGUGACAAACGGGGACCAAAUGGCAUCCGAGUGGCCCCAGUUCCUCUCUACAACUCUUUCCAUGACGUUUAUAAAUUUAUCAAUCUGUUCAAUGCUGCACUUGAUGCUUCAAAAGAAAAAAAUAUCGGUGUUUAGAACAAAUCAAGCAAAUGAUAUUGAAAGCUUCUGUGAUGAUUUCGUUAUUUUUAUUCAUUUUAAUUAUUAGAAGUAUUAAAAAACUUACUACACAUAACUAGCAAUAAAUUGUAUACUUUACAAAAAAUCUGGUACAACUUUUAUGAGUCAGUGUCCCUGAGGAAUCUAUGAUUAAUUUUGUGGAUGAAGAUCCUCAGUGUUCCAAAUACUAUGUUCACAAUCUUCUUUAGCUGGCACAUUUCAUGGUCAGCAUUUUUAUUGGUUCAAUUUAUAACUUGACUAUUUCAUGAUAUAUAUGAAUUUUGUGUCAAUUUUAUAAAUAUUACUUUAGUUUUAAUUUCCCAAAGACUUUUUUGUAAGAACCACAGUUGAACAGUCUGAUAUAUGCAUGAUUUUGCAAUAUUCUAUCUACCUCUAAUUUAAGGAACAGAAAAUACUCUUUCUAAGGUAGUGUCAUUCAAAUGUUUUUGGCUACAGUCCACACUAAGAAAUAUAUCUAAUAACAGAAAUCAAUAUUGGUGUGUGUAUAUGCCUUAUUUUAUUUAAUUUAGUAUAUAAUUUUUAAUAAUAUUUUAACAUCUGUGAAAGAAAAGUCUUUCAAUUUUCAAUCAACUGUUUCUUACAAUUGCCAUUGGCCACUCUUUCCCAUUACCAUACUUGAUAUUAGCAUAAUUCUCAUAAUGAAUAGAUAUCAUCUUAGUUCCAAUUAAAAAUGAUAUCUAUAACAAAAAACAAAUGUUUUGUAAAUUAUUCACCUGUGUUUGAUAUUUAUUAUUUUAUUUUAUCUUAUUGCUGUAAUUGUUGGUUGAAACACAAUAAAUUGAUUUUACCACCCACUCUUGGGUGAAUUUUCUGAA